AUGACUUGUGGCAUGCUGGUGUACGGCAUGCAAUGUGGCACAACUUGUGACAUGCUGGUGUACGGCAUGCUCUGUGGCACAACUUGUGACAAGCUGGUGUACGGCGUGCAAUGUGGCACGACUUGUGACAUGCUGGUGUACGGCAUGCAAUGUGACACGACUUGUGACAUGCUGGUGUACGGCAUGCAAUGUGUCACGACUUGUGACAUGCUGGUGUACGGCAUGCAAUGUGGCACAACUUGUGACAUGCUGGUGUACGGCGUGCAAUGUGGCACGACUUGUGACAUGCUGGUGUACGGCAAGCAAUGUGACACGACUUGUGACAUGCUGGUGUACGGCAUGCAAUGUGACACGACUUGUGACAUGCUGGUGUACGGCAUGCAAUGUGACACGACUUGUGACAUGCUGGUGUACGGCAUGCAAUGUGACACGACUUGUGACAUGCUGGUGUACGGCAAGCAAUGUGACACGACUUGUGACAUGCUGGUGUACGGCAUGCAAUGUGACACGACUUGUGACAUGCUGGUGUACGGCGUGCAAUGUGGCACGACUUGUGACAUGCUGGUGUACGGCAAACAAUGUGUCACGACUUGUGACAUGCUGGUGUACGGCAUGCAAUGUGACACGACUUGUGACAUGCUAGUGUACGGCAUGCAAUGUGACACGACUUGUGACAAGCUGGUGUUAUGCAGUGCUGGUGGCAUACUGGGGUAUGGUGCAAUGUGUGACACAACUUGUGACAUGCUGGUGUACGGCGCAAUGUGA